AGCCUGGAGAUGUGUCCUGCCCCCGCGCCUGCUAAGAAGACCUGGGCCUGGCGCUUCUGCGCUGGGCGGGGCCUUGGCGCCCGAGGCCUUUGAGCGCCCGGAAGGGCCGGGCCUGCGCGCUCCUCAGGGCAGGGGGCCGGGGGCCAGCGUCGCGACACGGCGGGAGGGGCUUGGAGCGGAUCGAUUCAGUGACGCAGAGCCUUUCAGGGUUGGCUGGAAGCCAAAGCCCAGCCUCCCGAUGGAGUCUGAAUCCAGCCGAUCUGAAGAGGAGACCCCUUCCCUCUUGUGGGGUUUGGAUCCUGUGUUUCUAGCCUUUGCAAAACUCUACAUCAGGGAUAUCCUGGACUUGAAGGAGUCCUGCCAGGUACCAGGAGUAUUUUUUUACAAUGGGCAUCCAAUAAAACAGGUGGAGAUCUUGGGAACUGUAAUUGGAAGAAGAGAAAAGGAUACUUUCUACAGCUAUGGAGUGGAUGACAGCACUGGAGUUAUAAACUGCAUCUGCUGGAAAAAGUCGAACAAUACCGAGUCUUCCUCAGCCCUAUUAACGACAGGUGGUCCAACUAUAGGGGAGCUGAACUUAACCUCACAGCUUAAGAAGCUGCAAGAGACCAUUGAGCAGAGAACAAAGAUAGAAAUUGGGGACAUUAUCCAAAUCAGAGGUUAUAUCCACACAUACAGAGAAGAACGAGAAAUUCGUGUCACUACUUAUUAUAAAGUGGAUGAUCCAGUGUGCAACAUACAAAUUGCAAGGAUGCUUGAGCUGCCCAGUAUCUACAGGAAAGUUUAUGACCAGCCUUUCCAGAGCCCAGCCCUAGAGCAAGAAAGCAGCAAUCCAAGUGCCCUGGACCUUGCCAAUCUCACAUGUUUGCUGAGUGAAAAAGCCAAAGAAUUCCUCGUGGAGAACAAAGUACAAACCUUUUACCGGCAGGAAUUGGAAACUGUGGAAUCUCUGCUGUCCCUGGCCAGUCAGCCUGUGACUCACAGCUCCUGCUCUGAGCAGGUGGAUGUUAAGAAUGAAACCUCUUCCAAGGCAAUUCAUAGUAUAUUUAAGAAUGCUAUACAGCUGCUGCAGGAAAAAGGAUUUGUUUUCCAGAAAGAUGAUGGUUUUGAUAACCUAUACUAUGUAACCAGAGAGGACAAAGAACUGCACAGAAAAAUACACCAUAUCAUUCAAGAAGACUGUCAGAAACCAAAUCACAUAGAGAAGGGCUGCCACUUCCAGCACAUCUUGGCCUGUGCUCGCCUGAGCGUCAGCCCGCGCCUGAGCGAAGCUGUGCUGCAGCAAGUGCUGGAGCUCCUGGAGGACCAGAGUGACAUCAUCAGCACCAUGGAGCACUACUACACAGCGUUCUGAGGAGCCGCCGGCAGAUUGCGUGGGCGGAGCCGGGCCAAGGAAGAGGAAGACCGGGCGGCAAUCACUCCCAGGCUCUGAUUUUAAACAUCACACAGAGGCUGAUAGGUCUGGUGGCAGUUACCUCCUAAGAAACUAUGAAAUAUAGUCAUUUAAGGAAUGCAAUUGGGCAUAAAUUCUGUAGGCUGCCCUCUCGCUGCUGUAUCCUUGGGAUAAAGUCACUUCUGUCUCCGCCGUGACAUAGAGAGAAACCUGUCCUGUCGACCUCCUGACUGGACUGGGCGUUGCUCUUGGAGCAGAAGGGGAGGAAACAGUGUUGGCAGCUGAAUCGGGGUACAUGUGGUUUGAGGCCCUAUCAGGGUAAAGGAAUGUCACGUGGUAAAGUGAACUGAAGAGCAUAUAGCCAGAGCACACAGAUCUAAAACCUUUUCGAACUUCAGACCAUCAGCUACAUUCUUGUAGGCCUCUCCCAGUGGUUAAGAACCUAAUGUAGGGGACUUAUUCUUGGAUGAGUAUCACUCACCUAUGAUUGCCAAGGGUCAAGUACCAGUGGUGUGUCCUGAGCCCUCGGAUGAAUGGUGUUUACAGACCCACCCAGAGACGGGAAUAAAUGGAUCUAAGGCA